UAAAUAUGGCGAGGGUGCACAUCAGCCCUUUGAAUUUGGCAAAUUAUAACGACCUUCAGGAACUUCUUCACAAUUAUGGCAACAUUUUAGAUUUCACCUUAAAGGAGCACUCGGCUUAUGUUUUGUUUGAGAGGGAAUCCGAUGCUAUAAAGGCAAUUGAAGAUUCGCAAAACGGCCACCCAAGCCUUGGGUCCUCUACCUGUACGCUUAUAAGGAAUGACGAAAAAGAUUUAGCCUUGCCAAGUAGAUCACCACUUGGUUUAGAUUUAAACAAAAAGAAUAAAAUGAUAGAAGCCGCCAGAACACUUCUUGAAGGUUUGGGUGAAGAUGUUAGGAGAGAAGGCCUUUUAAAAACACCCGAAAGAAUGGUUGAAGCGCUCCUUUAUUUCACAAGAGGAUAUACGCAGACACCUUCAGACGUUGUCAAUGGAGCCAUGUUUCAUGAAGAGCAUGAAGACAUGAUCAUCGUUAAAGACAUUGAUCUUUAUUCUAUGUGUGAACAUCAUGUGGUUCCCUUUUUUGGCAAGGCACACGUCGCUUAUGUUCCCGAUAAGAAAGUUUUGGGUCUUAGCAAAGUCGCUAGAAUUGUGGAAAUAUAUAGUAGACGACUGCAAAUUCAAGAGCGUCUUACAAAGAACAUCGCCGCAGCGGUUAUGGACACCAUUGAGCCGAGAGGCGUUGCAGUGGUGGUCGAGUCUCGACAUCUUUGCAUGGUAAUGAGAGGAGUCCAAAAAACGCAGUCGGUGACAACCACGAGCGCGAUGCUCGGCAUUUUUCAAGAUGGAAAACUUCGAACGGAAUUUUUUUCGCUUAUAAAGUAAAUCGCAUGGACAGUGGAGUUAAUUUUUUUUAAUAAAGGCAUUU